AUGGCAGGAGAAGUGAAGCUUUUGAAAUCAUGGUCAAGCCCAUUUGCUUUAAGGAUUGUGUGGGCACUGAAGCUAAAGGGCAUCCAAUAUGACUCUAUAGAUGAAGACAUGACCAACAAGAGCCCUUUACUUCUUCAAUACAACCCUGUUCACAAAAAGAUUCCAGUUUUUGUUCACAAUGGAAAACCUAUUGCAGAGUCAUUUGUAAUUCUUGAAUAUAUUGAUGAGAUGUGGAAGCACUAUCCCUUAUUGCCUCAAGAUCCCCACAAGAGAGCCACUGCCCGUUUCUUGGCCAAAUUUGGUGAUGAAAAGGUCAUGAAAUCAUUAUGGGCAAUAUCAAUAACCAAAGGAAAGGAGCAAGAAGAAGCUUCAGCGAAAGCCACUGAGAACCUGAAAUACUUGGAGGAAGCAUUGACAGGAAAGAGAUUCUUCGGCGGAGAAAAGAUUGGAUUCCUUGAUAUUGCACUGGGUUGGCUUGCCAACGUGGUCCCUGUAGUAGAAGAGAUAGUUGGUUUUAAAGUAAUAGAUAAACAAGGAUUUCCAUUGUUAUCAACAUGGAUGCAAGAGUUUAAGAGUACUCCUGAAAUCAAAGAAAGCUUGCCUCCUCAUGACAAGCUAGUCACCAGGUUCCACACCUAUAUCGCCAGGAAAUGAACCUAUUUAUUGCAGGCCUAAGAAUUAACAAGCUGUUAGAUCAUUUCCAACUCAUCAGAAACAAAUUCAACUACCAUUA